UGAACAGGGAAAUAUUCCUAUGUUACCUGACAAGCUGGGUUGUCUUAGCAUUAGCGUCGAACAUGACGGACGCAAUAAAUCUAGAGGAUAAUUACAGAUAUUACAACAUAGGCGUUUUAAUGGCUUCGCAUUUGGAUUCGCCCUUCGAUUUGGAAAGAUGUGGUCCAGCUGUGGACAUGGCAUUGGAAGAAGUUAAUGAGAAACUUCUGGCGCAACAUAAAAUUCGUCUGCGUAAAGUCCAGGCAAGUUAUCCAUCAUGUAGUGCUGCUUUGGCCCCAGGUUUAUCGGCGGACAUGCACUUUUUAUCAGACGUGAUAGCAUUCGUUGGUCCAGCAUGUCUCUUCGCUUUGGAGCCUGUUGCUCGUCUUGCAGCUUAUUGGAACACUCCGAUCAUCACAGGAAUGGGAGACCAGCCUCCGUUCGAGGGUGAACUGGCUGUACCGUCCGGAAUUCUAGGACGUCUCCACCAAAAGUGGAAGAAAAGCGGCAGUGCGGGUAUUCUGAAGGACAAAAGUAAUUAUCCUACCUUAACUAGGAUGUCAUAUUGUCAAUGCAGAUUAAAAAAAGUAUUUUCAAGUAUUUUUAAUCAAUUCGAAUGGAAACACAUUGCUUUAAUACUGGACAGGUCCGAUCUCUUUUCAUUAACAGUUGGAAAAAAUUUAGAGCACGGAUUAAAAAAGGAAGGUUUAUUAGCCUUUGUUAGAGAACUAGACGGAAAUGAUAACGACUCGAUCGACAACUACCUUAGAGAUGCUAGCAUGUAUGCAAGAGUGGUAAUCCUAAGUGUACGAGGACCAUUAGUUAGGAAGUUCAUGAUUGCUGCCCACGCAUUGGAUAUGACAAAGGGAGAUUAUACGUUUCUAGACGUUGAAAUUUUCCCUGGUUCAUAUUGGGGUGAUCACGAUUGGGAAGCUGGAGAUGAUCAAGACGGUAUUGCUAGAAAAGCUUACGAAGCUCUUUUAAGAGUGUCCCUACUGCAACCAACCAGCGACGACUUUCAAUUAUUCGCUGAUGAAGUCAAGGAAAGAAGUCGUAAGGUCUACAAUUACACGAUGGACGAUGGGGAAGAGGUGAAUUUCGUUAUUGGCGCGUUUUAUGACGGAGUUUACUUACUUGGAUUAGCUUUGAACGAAACACUUUGGGAAGGUGGAGACAUAAGAGAUGGACUUGGCAUAACAACACGCAUGUGGAAUCGAGAUUUCCAUGGAAUCACAGGUCAUGUUAGAAUUGAUGACAACGGCGACAGAGAUGCAGACUAUUCCAUUCUGGAUUUGGAUCCAAUCACAGGAAAAUUCGAAGUUGUUGCCAACUAUUACGGACUGGAUAAAAUUUAUUCGCCUGUUGAAGGGAAGAAGAUUCAUUGGCCUGGUGGAAGGGAAGACGCACCUCCAGAUAAGCCUAAAUGUGGUUUUUUAGGAAAUCAUCCGGACUGUCAGCACUUAGACUCGUAUAUGAUGAUAUUUUAUGGAUCUUUCGCCAUUGGACUCUUUUUGGCAUUUGCGUCAACAAUAAUAUGCAUCACUUAUAAGAAAAUGAAAGUGGCGGCGGACUUAAAUAACAUGUCUUGGAAAAUCAGGCCGGAAGAAAUACAUUUGGAAACUGGGCGAUCAGUGGGAUCAAAAUUAGCCCUCCAAAAACUCAAUGAGACAUACGGCCUCACAAGUUGCCGAGCAUCAAUAACUUCCUGCAACUCCCUACAGACUUCCAAGAUAUACACAAAUAUCGCCAUUUACAAAGGAAACAGAGUGGCUAUUAAGAAAAUUACCAAAAAGAAAGUAGACAUUAACAAGAAAUUGUUAUGGGAAAUAAAACAAGUACGAGAUGUAACUCAUGAAAAUACUGUAAGAUUUCUUGGUGCUUGUAUUGAAUGCCCCACUGUAAUAAUUUUAACUGAAUACUGUCCAAAAGGAAGUUUAAAAGAUGUUUUAGAAAACGAUGCUAUACAUUUGGAUUGGAAUUUCCGAAUGUCUUUAAUUAAUGAUAUUGUAAAGGGAAUGAGUUACAUACAUAAUAGUGAAGUAUCAGUCCACGUUCAAAAAGAUGCUAACUAUUCUAAAAAAAUGCUUUGGGUUGCGCCAGAGUUACUACCAUUAACAAUAAUACCCGGAAACCCCGCCACACAAAAAGGGGAUGUUUACAGUUUUGGAAUAAUUUUAGAAGAAAUUAUUGUCAGGGGAGGACCAUUUGAAGCUGCACGACAGUAUCUCGACAUUCAAGAAAUAAUUUCUAGAGUUGCUGCCAGAGAAAAUCCUCCAUUUAGGCCAGCGGUUAGCCAAAGUGAUUGUCCGGAAGAACUGGUGGAGCUGAUGGAAAAGUGUUGGCAUGAUAAUCCAGAUGACAGACCUGCAUUUGAUAAUAUUCGAUUGAACGUUCGAAACAUCAUGAAAGAUUACUGCGAAAACCUCAUGGACGACUUGGUAAAAAGAAUGGAACAGUAUGCCAAUAACUUGGAAGUGCUUGUGAGUGAAAAAACCGAGGAACUGUCUCAAGAAAAACGUCGAUCUGAAGAACUGUUAUAUCAAGUUCUUCCACGACCAGUCGCCCAACAACUGAUGAUUGGAGAGUUAGUACAACCCGAACAAUUCGAAUGUGUUACAAUUUAUUUCAGCGACAUUGUUGGUUUCACUGCACUAUGCGCUCGAAGCACUCCCAUGCAGGUGGUGGAUUUUCUUAACGACUUAUACAGUACAUUCGACAGAAUAAUAGGUUUCUACGACGUUUACAAGGUGGAGACCAUCGGAGACGCAUACAUGGUGGUUUCUGGACUGCCCGAAAGAAACGGAGACGAUCAUGCAAGAGAAAUUGGACUGAUGGCAUUGGCCAUUCUCGACGCCGUUAAGUCAUUUACCAUCAAACACAAUCCGGAUUAUCAACUGAAACUGAGAAUUGGGAUACAUUCAGGCCCGGUUUGUGCGGGGAUUGUCGGACAAAAAAUGCCACAUUAUUGCCUGUUCGGUGACACGGUCAAUACAGCAAGUAGAAUGGAAAGUACGGGACAACCACUUAUGAUCCACGUCAGCCUCGCGGCCAAACAAAUAUUCGAAAAAUUUGGCACCUUUAAACUGGAGUUGAGAGGUGAAGUGGAAUUAAAAGGAAAAGGAUUUGUUACUACUUACUGGUUGUUGGGUAGCUCAGAUCCAGAUCAAAGACCACCUUCGCCACCAAUGGUGUCCACAAUUACAGAGCAGGAUUCGAAUCCGUACCCAUUAGUUUUUAUGGGCAACUAAAACGUUUGAUAUAUGUUAAUUUUAUAUUGUAAUUGUGUAGUAUUUUAAAUUGCAACAAAUAAGGUAAUUUACCUAAUUAUUAAGUUAAUUACUUAUCGCUUUAUAAAUGUGAAAUUUAUUUUGCAAGUGUUUACCAUACCCUGUCUUGAA